CGAGUGCUAUACUGGUUCAGGACCGACCUGCGGAUACAUGAUUCCCCGGCUCUUCAGGCUGCGCUCGCCUUGGACCAGGAGAUAGGAAUCGAGGCAUUUUAUCCGAUCUGGUGUUUCGACCCCCAAUACGUCUGGAAACACCGGGUCGGAGUCAACCGAUGGAACUUCCUUUUGGAAUCAAUGUCAGACCUUUCCACAUCGUUGACCAAGCUCAAUCCGAAACAAAAGUUGUUCGUCCUACGUGGUAGUCCUGAGAAGGUCAUUCCUCUUGUCUUUAAAGAGUGGGGCAUAACGCACCUCGUCUUCGAGAAAGACACGGCUGCCUACGCGAGACAAAGGGACGAGCUGAUCUUCUCGCUCGUAAAGGAAAGAUUCCCUCAUAUCAAAGUCAUCGUGAAACACGGUCAUAACCUCUACGAUCCCGAAGAGGUUAUCAAGAAGGGGAACGGGGGGAAAGUGAUUACGACGCUUAUGAGCUGGAAGAAGGUCACAGCGAAAGUAGCAGACGCUCCAGCCCGACCCGUACCAACGCCGACAUCACUGCCCGAUCCUGGAGACACUUCAAUCGAUAUCACCCGUGCUGACACGAAGCCGCUGGAGAAGAUCAAGAGCGAAAAUCCAGCUUGGACGCGUCGCGCGAAUAAACCGAUAAAGGACGAAGCGGGGAGUGGUAAUGCCAUGGAAGGACCUUUUGCAAAGUUGGAUGGCCUGAACGUGAACAGGGAGAUCAUGGACGACGAAAAGUUUGAUUGUUUCGAUACAAUCGCUGGACCUGACAAGGAUUUCGCCGUACCGACCUUGGAAUCCCUCGGCCUGGGAAAAGCCACGACGCAUAUCCAAGGGGGCGAGACCGAAGCUUUGCGACGUCUACAGGCCUUUCUCGACGACGCGGUCGGGGUGGCGACGUUUUCCAAACCGAAGUCCUCCCCGAAUAGUUUGGAACCGAGCACGACCUUGCUCAGCCCUUACCUCAAGUUUGGAUGCAUGAGCGUCAGGAAAUUUUACUGGGAUUCGCAGGACGUCUGCGACAAGUAUGCGAGGGAGCACAAGGGUGCGACUAUGACGAAGGAGCCGGAGAAUUUGGCGGGACAGCUAGAAUUCAGGGACAUGUACUAUUGUGCGGAAUACGCUACAGCCAAAUACGAGCGGAUCGAAGGCAAUUCACUCUCAAGCAGGUUCAUCGCGUGGAAACUAAGAAACAAGUACGAUAAGGAUGGACAGCUGAUAGAACCGCGACCACGUGGGGAUGAAGUGGAUGAGGAGAGGUUCUCGGCUUGGGCAAAAGGGCGGACCGGGUUUCCCUGGAUCGAUGCAAUUAUGCGUCAGCUCAAACAGGAAGGUUGGAUUCAUCAUCUCGCUCGUCACGCCGUAGCAUGUUAUUUGACAAGAGGCCAAUGCUAUAUCUCAUGGGAAAGGGGUACCGAAGUCUUUGACGAGUAUCUUUUGGACUGGGAUCCUGCAUCAAAUCCAGGAAAUUGGAUGUGGUUGAGCUGUUCGGCGUUUUUCUCGCAAUACUUCAGAGUUUAUGGACUGGAGUCGUUUCCCUCAAAGACGGAUAAGAAAGGAGCCUACAUUCGGAAAUAUUGCCCCGAGUUGGCGAAGUUUCCAGACAAGUUCAUCUACAAUCCUGCUUCCGCCCCAAUCUCCGUCCAAGAGAAGGCUGGAUGUAUCAUAGGGCAAGACUAUCCGGCCCCGAUACUGGACGAGCAGAAAGAGAAGGCGCGUUGUCUCGCUCGACUCAAGGUCGCUUACGAGGUCAAUCUGCACGGCGAUUCGCCAGAUGUGAUGAACGGCACGGCGGAAGAUAAGCUCAAAGCGCGUUUCAAGGAGAAGAUGGGAAGGGACGAGGAUGACGAAGAGGAAGAGGCCUCGACGCCGAAGAAACGCAAGAAUGCCCCGGUCGACAGUGGACCUAUGGACAGGUUCUUGAAAAAGGCAAAGUCUUAGUAACCGCGACCUGCCCAUAUUAUGGACGUUUUGUUUUCGAUUUCGAUCCUACCGUACGACUUCUAUCAGCCUGUUCCGUCCAUGUAACGACGCAUAGAUGGACUGCUUCGCUCUCGCUCUUGUGGUGUCUAAUGUCGGGUGUAUGUUGAGGAAUGCUGCGCGAGCCAAAUCCGGCGAAACGGUCCGUUGCACCGCGGAAUCGCGUGGGAAACGUCAUCCACGCGGGGGAUCGAUGAUGCUACCAGCC